GUUCCGGGUUGGCGCCACCAUUCUUCGGAAUAAAGAAAACGUCAGAACUGUGCUGUCCGUUUAUCGUUAUUACUACAGGCCAACUCAGAUUAAGUCUGAGGAGGGUAACAUCAACAGUGAGGACAACCCCACCCUGCCUCUCUCCUUCCACACUGAGUCCAAACCUACAGUCACUGGGUCCUGAUUGUGACAGUGGAGCCCAGUUUGCACUGCAGGAUCCAGAGAUGGCAUCAGUGAAGCUGGAAGACUGCAGUCAAACACUGGAGCUGAAUGUCAACAUUAAAGAUGAAGAAGAAGAGGAGACGAUUGGGAAAUCUGUUAGUCAUGGAGACCAUGUUGAGACAUUCUCUACAUCCAGAGAGCAACAGCAGGAACAUCACAGAGAUAAGAGGUCUCACCACUGCCCACAUUGUGAGGAGAUUUUCCCAAUUCUAUCAAAGCUAAAAAUACACCUAAAAAUGCAAAGAGGAGAGAAUCUGUAUUCCUGCACUGCCUGUGAGAAGAGCUUCACAACAUCAAGGGAUCUGACAGUUCCAGAGCACACUGAAGAAAAGCCUUACUCCUGCUCUGACUGUGGGAAAUGCUUCAAUAGAUCAUCUAAAUUAACCAUUCAUCAGAGAGUGCACACAGGAGAAAAGCCUUACUCCUGCUCUGACUGUGGAUCGAGUUUCUCCCAAUAUGGCCACUUAAAAUCACACCAACGUAUACACACCGGAGAGAAGCCAUACUUCUGCGCUGACUGUGGGAAUAGCUUCACAACAUCGAGGGCUCUGACAAUUCACCAGAGAGUGCACACAGGAGAGAAGCCUUAUUUCUGCUCUGAUUGUGGAAAGAGUUUCUCCCGAUUGGAUACCUUAAAAAAUCACCAAUUAAUACAUGAAGGACAGAAGCCUUACUCCUGCUCCGACUGUGGGAAAUGCUUCAUUAAAUCAGCUAAAUUAACCAUUCAUCAGAGAGUGCACACUGGAGAGAAGCCUUACACCUGCUCUGACUGUGGAGAGAGUUUCUCCCGAUUGGAUGCCUUAAAAAGUCACCAACUAAUACAUAAAGGACAGAAACCUUACGUCUGCUCUGACUGUGGGAAGAGUUUCUCUCAACUGGGCAACUUAAAAACCCACCAGCGUAUACACUCAGGAGAGAAGCCAUUCUCCUGUUCUGACUGUGGCAAGGGAUUCUCCGUAUCGGGCAACCUAAAAACCCACCAACGUAUACAUAAAGGAGAGAAGCCAUUCUCCUGCUCUGAUUGUGGGAAGAGUUUCUCCAUGUCAGGCAACUUAAAAACCCACCUACGUAUCCAUAAAGGAGAGAAGCCUUACUCCUGCUCUGACUGUGGUAAAUGCUUCAAAACAUCAGCAGAGGUAAAUGUUCAUUGGAGAACACACACAGGAGAGAAGCCUUACCACUGUGACUGUGGGAAAAGUUUCUCCAGGUUGAAUACCUUAAAAACCCACCAACGUAUACACACAGGCGAAAAGCCAUUCUCCUGCUCUGUCUGUGGGAAGAGUUUCUCUGUAUCAUGCAACCUAAAAACCCACCAACGUAUACACACAGGAGAGAAGCCAUUCUCCUGCUCUGACUGUGGGAAGAGUUUCUCCAUAUCGGGCAACCUAAAAACCCACCAAUGUAUACAUAAAGGAGAGAAGCCUCACUCUUGCUCUGAUCGUGGUAAAUGCUGAGGUAAACGUUCAUCGCAGAACACACAGGAGAGAAGCCUUACCACUGUGACUGUGGACAAGAGUUUCUCCAGAUUGAAUACCUUAAAAACACACCAGCGUAUACAUAGCGGAGAGAAGCAUCAUCAGUUCUCUCAGACCAGCUAAGAUUAAAGUAAUCACUUAAUUCCAUCACUUAAUUCUCAUAAAGGAAGUAGUAACAGUUCAUUUGAUCAAAAGAAGAAAGCGUUGCACACUGUUGUUCCUCACUGUGCAGUGGAAAGGGAGCGUCUUCUACAACGUUGGCCUCUACUUUACUGAUCACUGUGUUUUGUUAGCUUCUACUGUAGAGAUAUUGAGAUCACAAUGGAUUUGCCCUUAGGGUUGAAUACCCUCUGAGGUGUCUCUCAUUGAAACAAUAAAGUCUGAGGGUUGACUGUGGUAGUACUGCUUUCAUCUAAAGUGUUCUGUGGGAAUGAGCUGGUAGACACAACAUGUAUCAGAUAGAGAUCAUCACAUCAUCGGUUUUCACCAUACAUUUGGCUGGAUUAUUUGUUGCUACUAAAUUACUAUUUGUUUAACGAUACACAGGCUAUGAAACAACUGCAUGUUUAUUAAAUUGUCUUUUUUAAA